AACUAAAAUAACAACAAAAUGGCGGUCAAAUGGGACAGAAGUGGUCUUCUUUGCGAAAAUGUGAUUUAUGGUUGUUUUAAGUAGUUAAAUUCCAUUCUGUGUCAUUUAGCAGAGUCUUUGUAAAGUAUAAGUAUCAGAUGCAGUCUGCUACAGGCGUGUGUUCUUCGUUUGGCUUCCCAGAGCUUCCUAACAAAGAAGAUGUUGUGGACUGGACAUAUUCCAAGCGAAGGGAAAUGCAGGAAAUAGCUCCAGGAAUUUUUCUGGGUCCAUACUCCUCAGCAAUGAAAAGUCAGUUUCAGAACCUUAAAGCACAACAGAUUACACACAUUGUCUGCAUUAGACAAGACAUUGAAGCAAACUUUAUUAAAGCAAAUUUUAAAAAUGAUUUCAGGUAUUUAAUUUUAGAUGUGGCUGAUUUACCUACCGAAAAUAUCAUCAGACAUUUCCCCAAAGUAAAAUCUUUUAUUGACGAAUGUCUCACUUGUCGAGGAAAAGUCCUUCUUCAUGGAAAUGCAGGAAUUUCACGGAGUGCUGCUCUUAUGAUUGCUUAUAUAAUGGAAACAUAUGGACUUACAUAUAGAGAUGCUUUUCAACAUGUACAGCAGAAAAGGUUUUGCAUAAACCCUAAUGAGGGAUUUGUACAGCAAUUAAUGGAAUAUGAACCGAUAUAUUUAGCAAAUUUUCAAGCAAGGCAACAAAAGAACUUUCAGCCCUUUGCAAGAGAAAAUGCAGGCAUCAAGAGARCUUUUGAAGAUGAAGUAGACACAGAAGGGAAUAUGGAAUCGUAGCUAUCUUUUUUACGAUGUUAUCAUGUAUUCACGGACAUUUCCCAAUUUUAAUACCAACUAGUAUCCACGCUCCUCAUUGUAAAAAAUGCAUUUUAAGCGUGGAGUAUGCWCUAGCUCAGACAUAACACAAGACAAUUGAGAAAACAAAGCACGAGUGCUUGACUACUCAAGAGAAAACAAAGCAAUGCUGCGUCCAUUGUCGGCUUAUGUUAAUACUUGCGUAUAUACAGUUAUAUUAGAGAUCUUGUCGCGCUGAAAAUGUAUAUGAAUAUUCUAGAAAUCAUUCUACAAUUCUUAUCCUWGUGCAAAAUGUUCAGUCAAAUGUGAGUUUUCAGUCCUCAGUUACUGAGAUGUACCUUCAAUUAUCUCUUACUCAUCAACGACAUCUGUUUAAAAGACGUUGCAUUUAUGCAUAGUUAGUUAUUAACUAUGAUUAUUUCAUACUUGAUUCAGUUUUCUUUGUUAUUCAUAGUGUUGUAUCUCGCUUAUUCCCCAGCUCGUUGUGUAUUCAAGUGCUUUAUAUCGAAGCUUCAGGGAUAUAUCUAGAUAUCGCCCCCAUUUGAGGGCAAUAUCUAUAUAUUGCCCUUGAAUACCUAAUUUACUACUACGUUCAACUUAGAAAUUUUCCGUCUGAAAUUGGUUAUGAAAUUGGUUAUGAAUUGGUUAUGCAAAUUMUUCCCGUUGGGAAUUUUCAAUACUGUAAAUUUCGUAAUCUUUGUAAUCGAGGGUUUGGUUUUUAAUUCAUAUGAAAACGGCUUCUUUGCCUAUUUAAAAAUGAAAAUAUUAAUGCAAUGCUUGGAAAACUUCUUCAAGUAUGAAAUAAUAUAAGCCAGUUACAACCUCGAACGUCGGCAAUCAGCCUAUACAUCCCUCGGGCCUACGGCCCUCGGGAUGUAUUAGGCUGAUUGCCGACGUUCUCGGUAUGUAACUCUUACUUUAUGCAAGCGAGCUCAUGAGCAAUGUGCAUUUUGAAGAUAUUUAUCUGUAAACCUUUUCUUUGAUAUUACGAGUAUUUAAACCUCGCAAGACUUUGAUAUUAAUUUCAUCUUGAUUUCACCACACUAUGUUUGGUCUUGAUUCACAAAUUUAGCUUGUAUCUUGUCUGUAAAACUAGUUUCGUUUUUAUUAAACCUCCUCAGUUACAAGAUUAA